AUGCACGAUUUGAAUGAAGCUCUCGAUGAUUUGCGAGCAGUUAUCCCUUAUGCUCAUGGUGGUUCGGUUAGAAAAUUAUCCAAAAUCGCAACUCUGCUUCUCGCUAAAAAUCACAUAAUAAUGCAGGCGAAGGCGAUCGACGAACUCGGCACUCUUGUAUCUCAACUCCGAAAACAAUUGGAAGAGAAGAAUGAGACGUCGCCAUCGACACCACGUGAUGCCUCCUAA